GCAUGGAUGUCACCUUCCAAUCUUCAACCUCAGUCUGAUGACGACCAAAGAACACAGCGCGCGACCAUCGUGCUGCUCGUUCACCAGCGGCAAACUGUCGUGGGCAGAAGUCCGGCCGUCCAGUCUGUGCCGCGAAUCGCUCCAUUUGUUGGACACGUUGCCGCGCCUUCAAAAGCCCCUCGUGUCUGCCAAGGUACGGGGCAAGCCACAAGUGUGUCCAGACCGCCCGUCGUUCUUCUUCACCAACUACACCAUGCACAUCACAUGUCCAACGACCAACGUGUUAUGGGUCGUUCGGCAACGCUUCUCGCGGGUGUACGCCAAUCGCAAAGCGAUCCUCGAAGCGUCUUCCGAGAAGUGUUCAACCGAAGGCAAGCAGCUUCUCCGGGGCCUCAUGCGUCCACUCCAAGCGUUUCCCAAGCGACGGUUCGGCAUUGACUGCGACAGCGUCGUCACCGAACGCUCCGAGGGAUUCCGUGGGUACAUUUCGGCGCUGUUUCAUGUCCGCGAAGCAUGCAUUGUGUCGCUCGAGACGGCGGAUGCGUCGACGGCUAUGGUACUUCGACACACCAUCCAGUUGAUCGAGUCAGCCGUGGAAAUGCCAGCGCUCCACAAACAAGAAGAGCUCAAGUGGCGCGACCGACUCUGUCGCAUGCUCACCCACGACGUGUGUCCGGACGACGACGACGACGACUUGACGUGCGCCAUCUGCCUGGACGACCUGGAAGAGUCGGCGCCCGCGUUCACCAACAUCCGGCUCGGCUGCGCUCACGCGUUCCAUCACGAGUGCGUGUCCACGUGGCUCACUCGCCAUGCCACAUGCCCUCUGUGUCGUGUCAAAGUCUAGAGAUCGGAGAGCUGUCCGUCUCGACUAAGUUAUUCAUAGCUAUGACAACUGUUAUAAAGUUAUAAUGUUAUGCUCCAACAACAGU